CAUCUGGAAAAUGGGUAGAGGGGAUUGAAAGUAUUGUGUGGGAUCUGGGCAGCCCCUUGACAUACUCAGAGACUCCCUAAUAAUGGCGGGCACUUCCUUUUCCGACUUCCGUAUCUCUCUUUUCAGCCCAGCAAGCUGCACCUCUGGGGUACAUGCUGACAGAGGGAAGUGGUCUAAGAUGCGGUUUCUGGGCUCCCCCAAAGAAGGGAAGCAGAGAGCCCCGUCUAGUUCAGUGCCUCAGUUUCCCCAUGUGUCCCCGUGGGGGCGUCUCUGAGCGGGUCCCGCCGCGAAGGCGGGGCGGGUGCGCCUUGGGUUCGCUCCCCGCUGGGCCCCGCCCCCGCGGCUGUCCAGAAAAGGUCCCGCGCAGCCAGUGCUGCGUCCAGCCUCCACGCGAUCUUGGCGAUGCAGGGUACCCCUGCUCCCGCCCCGGCCCCUGGGCCCAGCUCCCCUCGGGGCUCCCCGCGCGGCUCCCCCGGGCUCUUCAGGAAGCUGCUGGUGAACCAGAGCAUCCGCCUGCAGCGGCGCUUCACCUUGGCCCAUCCGCUGUGGUGAGGCGAGACAGGGCCUCGCAGGGGUCAUCGGAACCGCCGGGCUGGAGCUUGGACCUGGAAAAUGGACUCCCGUGUGGUAGAAGCAUCCUGGACCCUCAGGCAGGAUCUGGCUUUGGCCGGAUCGCCCAGGCGCCUGCGCAGCACAGUCAGAGGCGAGAGUCGUUCCUCUACCGCUCGGACAGUGAUCACGAACUCUCAUCCAAAACCGUGUCUCGGAACUCCUCCGUGGCCAGCGACCUACACGGAGAAGACCUGAUUGUGACGCCCUUUGCCCAGGUCCUAGCCAGUCUGCGGACAGUUCGGAGCAACGUCGCGGCCCUUGCCCACUUGCAAGAUCACUGGGCAGUCAAGCAGGCGUGCGUCUGUAACACCCCACCUGGCAGCCAACCCCCUCCACCAACAGAAGACACUGGGCAGAAGCUGGCUUUGGAGACACUGGACGAGCUGGACUGGUGUCUGGAUCAGCUGGAGACAUUGCAGACACGGCACUCAGUGGGGGAGAUGGCCUCCAACAAGUUCAAGCGGAUGCUGAACCGGGAGCUGAGUCACCUGUCUGAAACCAGCCGCUCAGGGAACCAAGUGUCCGAGUACAUAUCCCAAACCUUCCUGGAGCAGCAGACUGAGGUGGAGUUACCCAGGGUGACCCCUGCAGAGCCCCCGAAGCCCGUGUCCCAGAUCAGCAGCCUGCGUGGACUUCCCCACAGUUCCAGUCUUUCCACAGCCACUGUCCCACGCUUUGGGGUCCAGACGGAUCAGGAGGGGCAGCUGGCCAAGGAACUGGAAGACACCAACAAGUGGGGGCUUGAUGUGUUCAAGGUGGCAGAGCUCAGCGGGAACCGGCCUCUCACAGCGAUCAUGUUCAGCAUCUUUCAGGAACGGGACCUGCUCAAGACAUUUCAGAUCCCAGCAGACACGCUUGCCACCUACCUGCUGAUGCUGGAGGGUCACUACCACAACGAUGUGGCCUACCACAACAGCCUACAUGCUGCUGAUGUGGCCCAGUCCACACACGUGCUGCUGGCCACACCUGCGCUUGAGGCCGUGUUCACAGACCUGGAAGUCCUGGCUGCCAUCUUUGCAAGUGCCAUCCAUGACGUGGACCAUCCGGGGGUCUCCAAUCAGUUUCUCAUUAACACCAACUCAGAGCUUGCACUUAUGUACAAUGAUGCCUCCGUGCUGGAGAACCACCACCUGGCUGUGGGCUUCAAGCUGCUGCAAGCAGAGAACUGUGACAUCUUUCAGAACCUCAGCACCAAGCAGCGGCUGAGUCUGCGCAGGAUGGUCAUUGACAUAGUGCUGGCCACGGACAUGUCCAAACACAUGAACCUCCUGGCUGACCUCAAGACCAUGGUGGAGACCAAGAAGGUGACAAGUCUUGGAGUCUUGCUGCUAGACAACUACUCUGACCGCAUCCAGGUCUUGCAAAGCCUGGUGCACUGUGCUGACCUCAGCAACCCCACCAAGCCGCUACCACUCUACCGCCAGUGGACAGACCGUAUCAUGGCCGAGUUCUUCCAGCAGGGCGACUCUGAACGGGAAUCAGGCCUGGACAUCAGCCCCAUGUGUGACAAGCACACAGCUUCAGUGGAGAAGUCCCAGGUGGGUUUCAUUGACUAUAUUGCCCAUCCACUGUGGGAGACAUGGGCUGACCUGGUACACCCAGAUGCACAGGACCUGCUGGACACUCUGGAGGACAACCGCGAGUGGUACCAGAGCAAGAUCCCACGCAGCCCUGAGGACCCCACCAGCCCCAAGCAGGGUAGCCCUGACAGAUUUCAGUUUCAGCUCACUCUGGAGGAGGCAGAAGAAGAGGAGGAAGAAGAGGAGAAAGCAUUGGAUGGGGAGGCCUCAAAGUCACCUGACACUGAGCUCCUACCCUCUGAGGCCAGCCCAGACCCUGGAGCUAGCCCAGACCCUGGGGCCCCACACCUGGAUUACCAGAGGACUGUGGGCAAGCCCUGCAUGGACCAUGAGGGCAAUGUAAUGGCUGAGCCUUUGGGCACCUAAUGGCCCCUGGUGGGUGGGUGGAUUUUCCAGGAAGAGGUCCCAGGUGGCCCCACUUUGCCUCCCAGGGAGACAACUGGGCUUUUUGCUACAGGCAGGUCUCAGGGUUGAAUUGGAGGCAUCUGGCUGGGGUCCACUCUGACCCUGGGAUCGGCUGAGAGAGCUCUCCAAGGAGCUGGGCUGGAGGAGGGGCAGCUUCUUCCAGGGCUCUUGAAUUCUCCCUCCUGGACUUCCACCCCUGGUGUAGAAAGUGUCUGCCAGGCACCUUUGUCCAUCUUGCCCAGUGGUCACUCUUGAGCCACUCCAUCACUUUAUUCUUUCAUGCUUUAUCAGAUAUUUACUGGGCACGUACUGUGUGCCAGGCCUGUGCCUGUUCUGUGCCUCUGGGGUACCUCUGCACAAGGAGAUGGGGAAUCAGUCUCGAGGAGAUGACCCCUCCCUUAGACACCUCCCCUAAGUCUACCAGUCAGCUCACUGAAAGAGAACGAGAAUUUGGAUGGGGGAGUUCUCAGCACCAAACUUCAUCUGGACCCAAUCCUGGCUCUGGAGUUCCGGUGGUGAUGGGGGGUGAUGGUAGGGGCCAAGAAAGAGAGGGAUCUGUGUCAGGAACUGUCUCUGAACGUUGAUUUAGCCUUCACUGCUUGUGCACGGGCCGUUGCUUUAAGUUGCUGUGGUUUCUGUCUUCAGGUCUAAGGAUGCUGGUUCUCCCUGGCCCCAGGGCCUCUGGCUGGCUCCCUCAUACUCUCUCCCUUUUCUAGCACAGUAACAAAAGCACAGAAUUCUCCCCCAAGGAAGGUCCUCUCCAUCUUCUGAUUCUGAGGCUGUCUAGACCCCCCAUAGGGAAAAGGAGGCCUCUGACACUUUCUCGUGAGUCAUCACCCCUGCUGGGCCUCAGUUCCCCCUCUACUUGGGUAAAUUGUGGUUGGAGGGUGAUGUGUGUGACCUCCCUGAAAUAUCUUAGAAAUAUGGGGCAUUUGCUUGGAUUAAAAUAAACUUUAUCGCACAGAAUUAGUACCGUGCCGGUUUCACGAAUGGGGAAACAGGAGCGGAGAGUCUGUCCCGUGGUCUCAGGGCUCAAGGCCAUGCUGCUUGCUGGACUCCAGACGUUAGCCAGCGGCGCCCCCUGGUGGCAGGAGGCGCAGAGGGGAGGCGGGGAGAAUUCGGGGGUCCUCGUCUUGCGGGAAGUCCCUCCGCGCCCGGCUAGGUGGAGUUCAUCCUGAUGGUUGCGGGCCUGGCGCGGAGCAGGUGAGGUGGCUCUGUGCUCAAGUCUCAGAUUCAAUUUUCACUUCCGGAGUCCUCAGUAUCCCCCAUCCCCCCACCCCGCUACCCUCCCUCCCUGCGUGUCUGAAGAUUUAUACAUGACAGAAGUCAUUACAGAGCAGCCUCUGGCUUCAAAAACAGCUGGCUUCAUUCCUAAAUAAUUUCAUUAAUAAUUCCAUUCCAUUGAUAAUUCAUUGUCAUCACAAUCAAUCAUCUAACUUCACCGAGGGAGAAUUAAAGGGCAUCUGGAUCAUGAACUUGGUACAUUUCCUUCCAGGCUUUUAAAAGGCAGAGAUUUAUGGGAUUUUUAUUUAUAAUUUUUUUAUCCUUCCCCCUUUAUUUGCAAGUAAUACAUGGUCACUGUAGAGAAUUUGCAAAUAAUGGAAACAUGUAAGGAUGAAAAUAAAAUUCUGCUGUAACCUCACCCCUAGAUCAUCUGCCUUCAGCAUUUCACCUUAUUUCUGUUUUUUUCUCUCCCUCAUUCAUGAGAACAUUCAUAUGUUCUCCUUCAAUUUGGGCCACAGCUAUUCCUCCGUCUCCUCACCGUGAACACUAUGCAUGCUGGCUUUUCAUACCCCAAGCAC